AGGUGAAAAAAUAGCCAGUAAAUUGCUUGUAUGUUCCUCUUGAUGAGGCUUGUAUUUUUUUUUAAUCUUGCGUAGAUGCAAAUGUGCCCAAGAAAUACGUAAACAGCUGAUAUGAAACAUAGAAUCUCCCACUACCAGUCGCCUAAGAAACGCCAAAUUCCCUUCCCAAUCAUGGAGAAAAAAGAGAAGUUUAUCCAAUCCCAGAUGGUCUUUUUUUUUUUUUUUUUUUUUUCCCCGAACUGCCUCCCCCCUCCAUUCAGUCGAAAAAAGCUCUUCUUUGCCAGACUUGCCUGCAACUUCCGAGGCAGUCUCUUGUCGUGCAGUUCCUCCUGCUCCAGUGCUCGCCCGCGUAUUCUAUCAAAGCCCGUUCAUCUCUUGUUGGAAGCCGUAGAGAGUGUUGUCGGUGAUUGAAGUUGCUUCAAAAGAAGAUGUGCUCAUUAUGGGCUCUCUCUCAAGCGAGUUGCCUAUGGCUUGCUGAUUGCCUCGAUGGCAUUUCAAUGCCGCAGAUUUACAUAGCCUCAGCCUCUGGACAUA